AUGAACACAACCAAACAGUCUCUCUUUCGUCUAGUACAAUUCAAAAAUGUCUCUUCCGAAAAGCAAUUUUUAAAAAACAUUUGUCAAUAUUAUCCCCUUGCUAUGAAAUAUAUUUCUCUCGAUAGAGAGUCUUCACAGCAAGAAGUACUACUUGGAUCGGAGGAAAAUAGUGUUCAAGAAUUUGAAAAGAGCAUUUCCGAUAUUGAACCAUCCCAUAUUAUCCAAAAACCUUGUAAAUUAUAUGGAAAAAUCCCAAAUAAUUUGGAAAGUAAUGAUGAUGUUAUUUUGAAAUGUUUGGAAAAGGGAACAAAAUUAUUUUCUAUUGAAGAAUUUGAGAAAGGAGAAUGGAGACAUGUUAUUAUUGCACCAUCACUUUGGACAAGUAUUUCAAAACAGAAAAAGGAGAAAAAAGGGGUAAAAAGAGAUAUUUCUCAUAUAGAAGGGGAUGAAAACAAUCAAGAUUCAGAUAUUGUAUUGUCCCACAACAUGGAACAACCUAAUGAUCAAGUCUAUAUGGGUUAUAUUCCUUCUCACUAUGCCGGAAAACUCAAUCGUAAAACAAUCGCUUCCAAAGUGAAAGAGCCAUCAACUUCCUCUUCAUCAUCAAUAACAGAAGAAACAAAAGAAGAGGGAAAAUCUCUCCACAAUGAAGUCAUUUCUGGUUACGAUAACAAAACAAAAACCUAUUCCUUUUCAAUGAAAUCUAUUGGUAUUUUUCAUUCGGUAUUUCCCACAAAGAAUGGAUGUCCAAGACAAUUUGGUCUUGUCGAUUCCAGUAAAGGAAAAUUAGAAGUGACAAUACCACAAGGUCACAUGGCUUUGGAUGGAUUGGAAAAUUUCAGUCAUUGCAUCAUCAUGUUUGUUUUUCAUGAAAAUUCAUUGGAAAGCCAAGAUAAGGUAAAGAUUAGACCUCCUCGUAUGAAUGGAAAUGGUAAGGUUGGAAUUUAUGCUACCAGAACGCCUCAUAGACCUAAUAGUAUUGGAUUAAGUGUAGCCAAAAUUGAAAAGAUUGAAGGAAAGUAUAUUUAUCUUAGUGGUGCUGAUUUAAUAGAUGGCACACCAAUUAUAGAUAUUAAACCAUACAUUGGAAGAUACGAUAGCAUUACAGAAACCAGAGUUCCAGAAUGGAUUCAAGAUGAUUUAUUUGUUCAAAAAAUUGAUGAAUCAAAAAUCAAGUUUUCACAACAAUCAGAAAUAGAACUACAAACUUUGUUACCUAAACUUUCCUUUUACAAAUCAAUAGAUGAAAUCAAAAGAGCUAUCAUUCAAGUUUUACAAAGUGAUCCAAGACCUGUAUACAUGAGGAAGAAAAGAGAUGACAAAUUGUAUGGAUUUAGAAUUGAUGCUGUCAAUGUAAGAUGUAAAUUUGGAGAUGAUGACAGUAUUGAAAUUGUAACUAUUGAAUUAUGGGAAUAA